AUUGACAACCUCUAGUCAAGAGUAGGCCAGUAUAUAAACCCAACACGCCUAGUUAUUAACGUCUUGCUACUCUCUGAGGUAUCCAGGUAGACAACAAACAUGACAUCUAGAACUGUACGAUUCAUAGUACUAUUAGGGCUCUUAACGAAUGUACUAGGCGUAUCUAUCGUUAAAAGACAGGCAGAUACCGGAAAUGCUGACACUAAGAAUGACGCCGACCUAUGUAAAGGACGCUCUCCUAGUGAGUAUUUCCGUCUAACAACAAAGGAAGACUGCCGAGAUGUGGUCCGUUGUUCAGUGCAAGGUCUCUUGGCUCUGCGGUGCCCGACGGGGUUAGCAUUUGAUGUCGAAAAACAAACUUGCGACUGGAAAUCUCAAGUAAAGAACUGUGACCAAGUCGAGAAACCACGGUUGGCCACACCUCUACUAUCUACAGACGAGCCAAUCUGUAGUGAGAACCAGCUGGCUUGUGGAAAUGGUGAUUGUAUUGAACGUAAUUUGUUCUGCGAUGGAGAGGCUCAGUGUUCUGAUGGAUCCGACGAAAACGCUUGUACAAAAGAAACAGAUCCUAACCGAGCGCCUCCUUGUGACACAAAGCAGUGUAUUCUGCCAGACUGUUUCUGUUCUUCUGACGGAACUUUAAUACCUGGAAACAAAGAUCCAAACAAUAUUCCUCAGAUGGUCAUGAUUACUUUUGAUGACGCUAUCAACAACAAUAAUAUCGACAUUUACAAUGAAAUCUUCAGGGAAGGCAGAAAUAAUCCUAAUGGAUGUGCAAUCAAGGGUACCUUCUUUAUUUCACAUAAAUACACCAACUACUCUGCAGUUCAGGAAUUUCACCGAAAAGGGCACGAAAUUGCAGCACAUUCCAUCACACACCGAGAUGACGAGACAUAUUGGAGCAGCGCUAAUCUCGAAACUUGGGCUAAGGAAAUGGCAGGAGUGAGAUUAAUCUUGGAAAAAUAUGCCAAUAUCACUGACAACUCAAUCGUUGGUGUUCGUUCUCCUUACUUGCGAUUGGGUGGUAACGCUCAGUUCCGUAUGAUGGAAGAACAAGCAUUCCUGUACGACUCCUCCAUCACUGCACCUCUGUCUAACCCUCCUCUGUGGCCCUACACCCUCUACUUCAGCAUGCCUCACAAGUGCCAUGGUAAUGGACAGAACUGUCCUACACGUUCACACGCUGUCUGGGAGAUGGUCAUGAAUGAGCUGGACCGUCGCGAAGAUCCAACUUUCGAUGAAAAUCUGGCUGGUUGUGCUAUGGUGGACAGCUGUAGUAACCUGAUUACUGGAGACCAAUUCUACAAUUUCCUCAACUACAACAUGGAGAGACACUAUACUACCAAUAGGGCUCCUCUUGGCCUGUUUUUCCACGCCGGAUUUCUCAAGCUGAAUCCUGAAUUCAUGGAUGCACUGCUAAGUUGGAUGGAUGAAAUGCUGGACAAAAAGGACAUUUACUUCGUAACAAUGACCCAGGUUCUCCAAUGGAUGCAAAGUCCCACAGAGCUUAGUUCAAUACAGAAUUUCGGCCCAUGGAAAGAAAAAUGUGAGGUCAAAGGUCAGCCUUACUGCAGUAUCCCCAACGCUUGCCCAUUGACGACACGGGAACUUCCAGGAGAGACCGUUCGACUACAUACCUGUAUGGAAUGUCCCCAGAAUUAUCCUUGGAUAGAAGAUCCUACCGGAGAUUACUUUGCUUUCAAGAAAUAAAUAUCGUUUCAGCUUUAACUAAGUUAAUUUUACAUGAAGUUUCACCAUUUAUGUAUUAUGCCUUAAAACUCCAUCUUUGUCUUUCCAGUAUUUUUAUAAUUUCAUACUUCGUUGCCUUGUUUUAUAGAUCACUGACCUAAUUUUUGUCGGGCCUUUUUAGGUACACCUCUACAUGUACAUACGGAAGUAUUAUUCCAUUUAUACGCAUGCAAUCAUUCCUCUCAAGCGGUAAUUCUGUGACCUCCGAUCGAAUGAGGGAUGAGAGUCUUGGCCCAAAUUCUACUAGUUAAGUUGCAGUUUUAAUAUUUGUUUUAUCAUCUAAAGCAGUGGUUCCCAAGCGUUUUUGUUCGCGGAUCUGUGUUUUUUUUUGGGAGGGGGGAAUUGAUGAAUCACAAGAUAACAGUAUAAUUUAACAAAACCAAAUAAGCUCAUGAAUUCACUAUAAUAUUAUUGUUAACCACAAGUUUAUUUUAAUGCGAUGGAUCAUUGGUACACCUGUUUUUCCUGAGCAAAGUUCUGUAAUAUUUGUCAGGUUUAGGUUCAGCAUUCAUUCUGCUUCUGUUUUUAAACUUCAGAGCCGCAGGUAAUUAAAAUCCUAUCUCGCACAGGUAAGUAGUGAUAAAUAACAUCAGAAAACGAACCGUUUUGUCUACAAAAUUCUCCAGUUCUUGGAAUAUAAAACUGUAAUAGUGGAUAUUUUAAAAACUCUGAACUUAAUGUUACGUUGCAAGAAAGCUCCAAUAAAGGCUCUUUUUUCGUAUAGAAAACACCCAAAUAAAUAAUGUAUUUUCAUACUUUAACUCAAAAGUCGUAUAACGUAGAGUUGUAUCCUAUUCCAUUUAGUUUUUCCAGUGUUCUUCCUGCUCAUAUAGCUGCAUUUUUAAGGUCUCAAGUGUCGCAUUUGUUCCGGGAUCUACAUAAUCUUCCUUUCCCAUAAGUAUGAAACCUUUCCGCGGACCACUAGCUCCACGAAUUACUGUUUGUGAACCUCUUAACUAAAGUAUAAAUAAAAUAAAAAAAUCUCAAAAUGAGACACUAGCACACGAUAGUGUGGUAAUGUCUUACGAAGAAAGAUGAAAGUUGACAUAUUUCCAGUCGCCUAAACUUUCUUGUUUCUUUGUAUUUGAACUUGUAGGUCUUAUAUAGUCAUCCCUAGCUUAGAGGGAGCUAACUUGUCCACAUGUACAGAAAAGUUUAAACGUAAGAAAAAAUGCUCGAUAGGCGUUUGUUUUCUUUAAUAAACAUUUCUAGUUUAACUUUGUUUUAAUGUGUUUUUAUUUGAUCACGAACUCGUUUAAGUUUGAAAUGUAUUGGCUAAAAUGAAAAAAAACAACAAAAAAACACGAUGCAUAGUAGUUAGUUAGUAAGUGUAUUUAAUCCUUUUAAAAGCCUAUUUUAUUAACAUCAAUGGGAAGGGCAAUUAUUUGAAUCAAACAGGCCACUAAUUUUAUUAUAAUAGCUAAUCGAUUUGGCUCGAGAAAA